AUGUACAAUUUCCCCGUUGUUUUCCUUAAUUCCUUUCGCAUUCUACAGGAGCAGGCUAUCAGGCGGCAACAAAACGACUAUAUUAGACAACUACAGAACUACUACGACAAUCUGCUGGCCAAACACGCCCUCGCUGAGGUUACCAUUGAUCAGUUACGUUUCGUCUCUAAAGUGGGUAACGCCUCAGAAAACGACACUCUUUCGCGGCGAUCGGGUAGUCAGUCAGCGUUAUCUGAUGCUAUCCCUGCGAGCAACGAUGCGCUGCGUCCGAGGCCUCCGGAGAACCACUUUAAGGCCGCUACGGCUUCUGACUCCCUCCGUAGACCGCAGCAUGCGAAAAGUUCCUCGUUCUCUUUCCUGCCUCCUGGUUCUCUCCCGGUUGCAUCCUCGGGUGUCCAGGCCGGCCUGACAAGAUCCGGUUUAAGAAUCGAUGCCGAAAGUCAGGAUGCUGCUUCCAGGCAGAAUAAUUUCCCUCGGAGAUUCAUGUCCAAACCCAGACGUCCCCAAGUGCUGUCCGCUUCUUCGGACCAAAUGCUGUGA